UCCUAGCUUGUCAGAACCAUGGCCAGAGCGUCGAGAGAGAGGCAGAGAACGCCAGUCAGUCGUCUCGUCUAAAAAACGUUCAGUUUGGCGAUCGAGGAAGACCGAGACAGUCCAGACGGGAAGAUCGACAUUGUUUGCGACCAAGCCAAUGUUAACUUUCGGAUAGGACACUUUUGCUAGACUCUUCUAGCGUGUCCGGGAGGGGGCUAGCUUUCUGUUGACCUGCCUGUGUUCCUGCGGUGGAAAUAGCCAAAAAAUGUCGUCUCCAAGUCCGGGCAAGAGACGAAUGGACACCGACGUGGUGAAACUCAUUGAGAGCAAACAUGAAGUCACCAUUCUCAGCGGACUCAACGAAUUUGUAGUGAAGUUUUUUGGACCACAGGGAACGCCGUACGAGGGUGGCGUGUGGAAGGUGCGAGUGGACCUCCCUGAUAAAUAUCCUUUCAAAUCACCGUCAAUAGGAUUCAUGAACAAGAUUUUCCAUCCCAACAUUGAUGAAGCGUCAGGAACUGUUUGUUUAGAUGUCAUCAACCAGACGUGGACAGCUCUUUAUGACCUGACCAAUAUCUUUGAGUCGUUCCUGCCGCAGCUGCUGGCCUACCCCAACCCCAUCGACCCUCUGAACGGAGACGCCGCCGCCAUGUACCUGCACAGGCCAGAGGAGUACAAGCAGAAAAUCAAAGAGUACAUCCAGAAAUAUGCAACAGAGGAGGCGCUCAAGGAGCAGGAGGAGGGUGCCGGCGACUCCUCGUCCGAAAGCUCCAUGUCCGACUUCUCAGAGGACGAGGCCCAGGACAUGGAGUUGUAGUGGACCCCCCCACCCCCUUUGUCCCGCCUCUUGAUAAGCCCCGCCUCCUCCUCCUUUACUCCCCACAGAGACUAUAUUUGAUUUCCUAACCAUGACAAAGCAGACUUAUAAUAUUCAUAUUUAAACACUUUUGAUUUUUAUUAUUAUUAUUAAUACUAAACAAGGAUUUUUAUGAAUGAUCUAGCCUGUAGCGCCCCCUCCUGUCAUCCCUGCAUUUUCUUCACGCUCCCUGUGUGCGUCAAUCGCCUCGGGACGAGGCAAAGACAGUAUUUGAGACGCACAAUCACACACAGGGUACCAAGCAGGACAACACAAACCUUCUUUCCCCCUUUUUUUUUUUUUCAACAAAGCGUGAAGCACCUGAACGAACAACAUGGCUUCCUUGGCUCGGGAUUCAGUGUCUUCGCUCCCUCCGAUACAAACAUGUCAGUCCAAGCAUACUAAAGGACCUGAGGAUGCAGUAGUUGGUUUGUGGACUUUUCCUUUUCUCCUCGACGACGGAGGACAAGAGCACAUUUCUUAACUCCACUUCCUGUCAUGUGACCCCUGGACAAUCUUCAAAAGACUUUGGGAAGCAAGCUAGCGCACAUCCGACAAAUAGAUACUAGCGCUCACGGCUACGUAGUUAGUUAGCGUCUGUGGUGUGAUGAAAUGUAAAAGAUGCUACGUUUGUACAGGUGUUUCUUAGCCUACUUUCACUUCCUACAAAGGGUCCUGCAUCUCCAGUGUUACCUUAUGUUCGCAAGGACACGCAAGAAAUCUUACCUUUGCAGCCGCCACUGUUUCAUAAAUUAGAAAGGAGUUUUUUGUUUUAAAAACAAAAAGUAAUCCAGAUUGGAAUUCUUGCUUUUUCUUUUUUACCACAGUGCAGUAUUGUACUGGACUCCUGUAAUCCCACAUGGAAAGUUCUUCUAAAGGCUAAACAAAUGCUGAUCUGUGUCCGCAAACUGCUCUCUUUAUGUUCACGCGUGUAGGUUUUGUUUUUAAACAAAGCGUGCACAAUCAAGUGAUGGUAUACUCCGUUUGCUGUGGAAAGCUAAUUUAAACUCUUACCUUCACAUAUAAUCCUUCAAACUAAAGAGCAACUUAAAAUGCUUUUAUUUAACAAAACCUCUUAACUGCCCUUGGUUCAAAAGUGAAGGAUGAUGCAUUCAGGGACCGUCCAAUGUUUUUUGCUCCCCGUUAUUGUGCCCAAUUAUCACACACCGCAGCAUGUUCUUUUUCAUUUUUAGAUAUUUUCUGACAAAGACAUGCACCCUUGGUUUUAUUCAUACUCACCCCUGUUCUAUAUUUUUUUUCUUUGCAUUGUAAAGUGGGCAUGCUUUGUCAAACAAAAAAGGACAAAUGCUCUCCAUGGAAUAGGCUUAUAACCUCAUAAAUAGUGGUGUAAAAAAAAUACUGUUAUAACUUCUCUUUUUUUAAUAAAACAUUCAAUGUGUAUA